GUCCCCGACGGAUCACCGAGACGGUGUAACGCGUUCCGCCGUCUCCGCUCGAUACCCAAACGAGUCCCUCGCCACGUGACCGCGCCAGCGAAACCGCGCGUCGCGUCGAGUCGAAAACACUUGGAGUCUUCUCGACGAUCGGAGAGAGACUCGCGGCGAAGGUCUUCCGCUCUUGAGAUUUUUUGAUUAAAAACAAAAAAAUUUCUCCCUUCGCGGUUCCCAUAUUUGGAAUCUUACGAAGAGACGUAGAGCGAUAGACUAUGACGAGACAGGGCGAAAGGACUAUCAAAUGAAGUCAGAAUUGAUCACGAUAUGCUCGAGUGUACACCGAAGAGUAUUUCAUAAUUAGCGUUUGCGCGGUCGUUUCGCGGUGAGACACGUGAUUCCCGCGGGGUCAUAUACCCCGAGACUGUCGCGAAUGGUGCUGAAAGGUGGUGAACGUGUUUCCUAAAGCCAUUAAGGGCGGUUCAUGAUGUUUAGCUGCUACGGGAGAUUUUAGGUGUACGGAUUAUCGAGGAUAGUCUACAUCCUGAUAAAGGUAUGCUAUGCGUCAGAGCACCGGAAACGGAGGUCCGCGCCGAAGAUGACGGGGUUAAGUAGAUAAAGGGAGCCGGAGCCUGGUUGCCAUCGACGGCGGACGAUUCUCUCGGCUCCUCUCUUUCUCAUCGCAGCGCACAAUGCUCUGCCAUCGCGCCCUUGUCGUUCUCUUCGCUGUCAACGUGCCAAUCGUGACGGGGCUAGAGCCAGAGUUCGCGCACCCGCUGGAGAACGUAACGAUCCCGCAGGGUCGAGACGCUACCUUCACCUGCGUGGUGAACAACCUCGGUGGAUACCGGGUGAGUCCUUCCUCCUCCGCGAGCGGAGAUCACUCUGGCAGCGUCAAGCCCCGGGUGGCAUGGAUCAAGGCGGACACCAAGGCGAUCCUGGCGAUUCACGAACACGUGAUUACGAACAACGCCCGUCUACAGGUGACCCACAGAGACACCAAUACGUGGACGUUAAUCAUUCGCUCAACACGUCGAGAAGAUCGCGGGAUUUACAUGUGCCAGAUCAAUACGGACCCUAUGAAAAGCCAGAGUGCGUUUUUGGAGGUGGUAAUACCGCCAGACAUAAUCUCGGAAGAGACUUCGAACGAUAUGAUGGUACCCGAGGGAGGUUCCGCGAAGCUGGUGUGCAAAGCGCGCGGUUAUCCCAAGCCUGACAUCGUGUGGAAACGAGAAGACGGCGCCGAAAUCAUUUCGCGGACCGGCCUUUCCGGCGGCAAGACAAAAUUACCUACUGCAGGAGGCGAAACGCUGACUUUGUCGAAAGUAACGAGAGGCGAGAUGGGCACCUACCUGUGCAUCGCUAGCAACGGAGUCCCUCCGUCAGUCAGCAAACGAAUGAUGCUGCACGUGCACUUUCACCCGAUGGUCCAAGUACCGAACCAGCUGGUCGGAGCUCCGGUUGGAACUAACGUCACGUUGGUCUGUCACGUGGAAGCGUCACCUAAGGCCAUUAAUUACUGGACUCGAGAAACGGAUGAAAUGAUAAUCAGCAACAGUAAAUACGCGAUGUCCGAGGUAAAAACAUCGGUGUACAGCGUACAGAUGCGACUAGUGAUCAUGAACCUGCAGAAGCACGAUCUGGGUGGCUACAAAUGCAUCUCGAAAAACUCUAUCGGCGAUGCCGAGGGAAACAUCCGGCUUUACGAUAUGGACCUGCCUCAGCAUUCCAAAAAGACCGGUGACCGACGAUCGGAGGAUGAUGCGGGCAAUUCGAUCAGCGAUCGCGAUCACAGACUGAAUCACGUGCAUCAGGGCCCAUUGAGGGAAACGGGAUCUACCCUAGAACCGGCUUUCGACGCGGACGAAAAUUCGGCAUCCGCCAAGUCGAAAGAGAACGCGUCUCCUGCGAUCAUCGCAGUCAUCCUAAUCGCGCUGCAUCAUCUGCUCGCUUCGACGUAAGAUAGACGGAAUUUAUCCUUAAAACACACUCAAAAUACGUUUAUUACGAGCUCGAUUCUCUAGCUUUAACUCCAAGAGAGAUUGCGCGAGACAGCGGCAAAUAAUAAUCCGAUCGAGUCGCGUUCUCGGCGAUCCAUGCUUACCAUAUCGAUCGAAUUUUGGAUAUCGAUACUUCGUUAAUACGUAACAAUAGUCGUAAUAUCUUAUACGAAAAUGAUGCGCCACGUUGCUAAAGGGUGCUAAUAUAUGUAUUUGAAAUAUACAUAUACAUAUAUAGAGAGAAAAAACAUUCACAAAAUCAAAGAAAUGGCGAAGCAAAAAUUGUUAUUAUAAUUAUCAGAUUGAUAUAAAUAUUCACACAUAUAUGUGAAACGAUAAUAUGUUAAAAUCGUAUAUUGAGCAAAACGUAUUUCGAAAAUAUAGCGGAUUUAUUUUUCUGUGGAAAUUAAAAGAUGAAUUAUAAUAUAAAGUUGAUUAUUAUUUUAACCAAAUGUAACAGCUUUUUACCGGACAAUUUUCUCCUAAAGGAAUAAUUACGUUUUUAUUAUUUAUUACAUUUGUGGUAUAAAAUGGAUUAAAAUUACAAUUGUGAAGUUUGAAACUUUUACCAACGUCAAUUCUAUGCGAUAAUUAAACACCUGCCCGGCUCACAUUUUGAUAAUGAACAAAGGAUAUUUCAUAAAAUUUUAUGUUGAAACGCGAGAAUAAACGAUAAUAAUAAUGUGUGCAUAUAUAGAAAGAAAAGCAAAAAUUGGAGGCCAAGAAACACCGAAUUAACAAGCGAUAUAUGAAAUUAAAUCAUAUAUAAUUCAUAUAUAAAAAUAAUAGUCACCCUCUUAUAAAACAGAACGUCAGUUCAAAAACUCGACAUAAAAAUACAAUAUGGACGA